GAAUGGCAGAAGACAAUCCAUAUUUAGGAGGGCAUGAACAAAUGUUUCAUUUGGAUCCUUUGAAUCAUACAAUAUUUAAUCCAGAAUUAUUUCAACCAGAGAUGUCACUGACGACAGCAGAUGGCCCAUACCUUCAAAUAUUAGAGCAACCUAAACAGAGAGGGUUUCGUUUCCGUUAUGUCUGUGAAGGCCCUUCCCAUGGUGGACUCCCUGGAGCAUCCAGUGAAAAGAACAAGAAGUCCUACCCUCAGGUCAAAAUCUGCAACUAUGUGGGACCUGCAAAGGUUAUUGUUCAGUUGGUCACAAACGGAAAAAACAUCCACCUGCAUGCACACAGCCUGGUGGGGAAACACUGUGAGGAUGGGAUCUGCACUGUAACUGCUGGACCCAAGGACAUGGUGGUCGGCUUUGCAAAUCUGGGUAUACUUCAUGUGACAAAGAAAAAAGUAUUUGAAACACUGGAAGCACGAAUGACAGAGGCGUGUAUAAGGGGCUAUAAUCCCGGACUUCUGGUACAUCCCGACCUUGCCUAUUUACAAGCAGAGGGUGGAGGAGAUCGGCAGCUCACAGAUCGGGAAAAGGAGAUCAUCCGCCAAGCAGCUCUUCAGCAGACAAAGGAGAUGGACCUCAGCGUGGUACGGCUCAUGUUUACAGCUUUCCUUCCAGACAGCACCGGGAGCUUCACCAGGCGCCUGGAACCCGUGGUAUCAGACGCCAUCUACGACAGCAAAGCCCCCAACGCAUCCAACUUGAAAAUUGUGAGAAUGGACAGGACAGCUGGAUGCGUGACUGGGGGGGAAGAAAUUUAUCUUCUCUGUGACAAGGUUCAGAAAGAUGACAUCCAGAUUCGAUUUUAUGAAGAGGAGGAAAAUGGUGGAAUCUGGGAAGGAUUUGGAGACUUUUCCCCCACAGAUGUUCAUAGACAAUUUGCCAUCGUCUUCAAAACUCCAAAGUAUAAAGAUAUCAACAUUACAAAACCAGCCUCUGUGUUCGUCCAACUUCGGAGGAAAUCUGAUUUGGAAACUAGUGAACCAAAGCCUUUUCUCUACUACCCUGAAAUCAAAGAUAAAGAGGAAGUGCAGAGGAAGCGGCAGAAGCUCAUGCCCAAUUUCUCGGAUAGUUUUGGAGGUGGUGGUGGUGCCGGGGCUGGAGGCGGAGGCAUGUAUGGCAGUGGCGGUGGAGGAGGGGGUACUGGCAGCACGGGUCCAGGAUAUGGCUUUCCCCACUAUGGAUUUCCUACAUAUAGUGGAAUUACCUUCCACCCUGGACCCACGAAAUCUAAUGCUGGGAUGAAGCAUGGAACCAUGGACACCUCAUCUAAAAAUGACCCUGGAGGCUGUGAGGACAAUGAUGACAGACAGGCUAUAAAUCUCCCCGGGAAAGUCACUGAAACCACAGAACAAGAUAAGGAGUCCAGCAAUGAGGAUGAUGAGGUUACUCUGAUGUAUACAGUGGGAGUAAAGGAAGAGAAUUCUAGGUUUCAGGAUAACCUCUUUCUAGAGAAGGCUGUGCAGCUUGCCAAGCGGCAUGCCAAUGCCCUGUUUGACUACGCAGUCACAGGAGAUGUGAAGAUGCUGCUGGCUGUCCAGCGCCAUCUCACGGCGGUGCAGGAUGAGAAUGGGGACAGUGUCUUACACUUAGCAAUCAUCCACCUUCAUGAUCAGCUUGUGAGGGAUCUGCUAGAAGUCACAUCUGGUUUGAUUUCUGAUGACAUUAUCAACAUGAGAAAUGAUCUCUACCAGACGCCCUUGCACUUGGCCGUGAUCACCAAGCAAGAGGCUGUGGUGGAGGACUUGCUGAGGGCCGGAGCCGACCUGAGCCUUCUGGACCGCUUGGGUAACUCUGUUUUGCACCUCGCUGCCAAAGAAGGACAUGAUAAAAUUCUCGGUAUUUUACUCAAGCACAAAAGGGCAGCACUACUUAUCGACCACCCCAACGGGGAAGGUCUCAGCGCCAUUCACAUAGCCGUGAUGAGCAACAGCAUGCAGUGUCUGCUGCUGCUGGUGGCCGCGGGCGCAGACGUCAACGCCCAGGAGCGGAAAUCGGGGCGCACGGCACUGCACCUGGCUGUGGAGCGUGACAACAUCUCCUUGGCCGGCUGCCUGCUUCUGGAGGGUGAUGCUCAUGUAGACAGUACCACCUAUGACGGAACCACACCCCUCCACAUAGCGGCCGGGAGAGGGUCCACCAGGCUGGCAGCUCUUCUCAAAGCGGCAGGAGCAGAUCCCCUGGUGGAGAACUUUGAGCCUCUCUAUGAUCUGGAUGACACUUGGGAAAAGGAUGGGGAAGACGAAGGCGUCGUGCCUGGAACCACACCUCUAGAUAUGGCCACCAACUGGCAGGUAUUUGACAUAUUGAAUGGGAAACCAUACGAGCCAGAGUUCACACCUGAUGAUUUACUGGCACAAGGAGACAUGAAGCAGCUGACUGAAGAUACAAAGCUGCAGCUCUACAAGUUACUAGAAUUUCCUGAUCCGGACAAAAACUGGGCUACUCUGGCACAGAAGUUAGGUCUGGGGAUACUCAAUAAUGCCUUCCGUCUGAGUCCCGCUCCUUCUAAAACCCUCAUGGACAACUACGAGGUCUCUGGAGGAACAAUAAGAGAGCUGGUGGAGGCCCUGAGUCAAAUGGGUUACACUGAAGCCAUCGAACUGAUCCAGGGGGCCUUCAGCACCUCAGGAACUGCGGUCCCCAGCCCAGUGCAGACCACCUCCCACACCCGCUCACUGCCGCUCUCACUUGCCUCCACAAGACAGCAAAUAGACGAGCUCCAAGACGACAGCAUCUGUGACAGCGGUGUGGAGACAUCCUUCCGCAAACUCAGCUUUACAGAGUCUCUGACUAGCGGCAGCUCGUUGCUAACUCUUAACAAAAUGCCCCACGAUUACGGGCAGGAAGGACCUAUAGAAGGCAAAAUUUAGCCUUCUGGCCAUUUCCAACACCCUGUAAACCAAAGUUCUGAAAUUCCACAACAUCGUACAAAGGAAGGAAGGCAAAGUGCAUCCAGAGGUACUCAGAAGACAACCUGCGCGCCUGGGUCGUUCUGGAUUUAACUCAAGGCCUAAAACUUGGCUUCCUUGCUUGGUUCUUAGAUGGAUUUCAGUUCAGCCCACUUACAGAUAGUAUCUAGCAGUCACAGGCUUUGGUGGGGCCGGUGCCUCAUUGGCGGUGAGGUAGCUUGUUGAGCUUUACCGCUGCUUUCUGUUGUCAUUGCUGCUGUCCCUCUGCUGCACUCCCACUGUCACUAAAAGUUGUCACUGUCCCCACCUGUUGUUCUUUCUGGCUUUCCACAGCACAGUCAUCAUUCAGAUUAAGAGUUAAGAGAAUUCUUAAUAUUUUAUUAAGAAUAUUUUAAAUGAGAUAUUUUGAAGGGAGAGUCAUUUGAUGUAUAAUAAAAAAAAAGGCAUCCUGCUUUUUCUAAUGUAUCUCGGUGAUUUGAAAAAAGAACAUGUACAUGUCGAUAUUUAAACAUGGCUACAAUCACUGCUGAAAAUGGUGUUUCCUCCUUUUUCUGCAUUUUGCUAUUGUAAAUAUGUUUUUUAGAUCAAAUACUUUAAAGGAAAAGAAUGGAUUUAUAAAUGCUAUUUUUUAUUUUACUUUUAUAAUAAAAGGAAAAGCAAAUUGAUGACCUCAUCUUGUUUAAUCUCUAUAAAUACUUUCCUAAGAUGAUUCCUUGUAAUCAUGAGAUCAUUCCACAGCCUGGUAAUCACAUUCCCUUUUGGAGUCAAUUUUCUGAUCCAGAAGUAAACAAAAAUUAGCAAAAGAAAAUUGUUUUAACCUGAGAUGAAAGCUUUGGUUUUGUCAAAUGCUUGCCUGACUCGUUUCAUUUAGGCUAUAUCACCCCACCUUCCUCCAUCUCUUGCAAAGCUCUUCCUCCUCAACCCUCAGUGUGUUCUCAGUGCCUCCGUGACGCAUCAAGUAUUGAAAUGUCAGCAUACCAGAAGGUCUUGGACAAGAAGCCUUCCAGCAUGUAGCUCUGCUGAACUCUUCACUCUGAGUUGGAAAAGAGGGAGAGGAGAACUGAAACGUGUUUGAAUGAAGUGCUGUGGUGGACGUUGUGAUGUGUAACCAACAUCCCUCUUUCACAAAGGACUUAGCCCAGCCACUGGGGGCCUCCAGCUGCAGAGAGCCACCUCACCCUACUCACGCCCAUUUCUGUGAUGGCCCCACGCAACACUGAUGGAUGUGGCGUAUAAAAGCCUGUUCAACCCAGGACAGUGUGGAAAGGCUGUUUGACCGCCAGAGCUCCUACAAGGUUGGCUGAGGAUCACGAACUUGGAGAUGGACAACAUCUUGGAGAUCAACUCAGUAAAUCAUCCAAGUUACCGUAUUUUUUUAAACGCCCAUGAUGUGAAAGCAUAUUCUCCUGUAGUCCUGCUGCUUUGUUUAAACACCAACCAACCCGAGAGACUACAAGUUCCUGUUCACUGGUUUCCUAGGUUCAUUGGUUGGCUUCUGGGUUGAGAGGAAUACUGAGAAGGGACUUGAAAAUAAAUGGAUGUCAUGGUCUAUUAUUAUGGCUUCCACUGUAUCUACAA